AUGGAUUUCCUUGUGAAGGCCAUGGAAAUUGUCCCUCGUCUUAUCUGCGUUGCUCAAGCACUUAUGUGUUCAGUAGUUGUAGCCGAAGCAAUGAGUAUGCAUUAUACAUUCGAAGUAGGGGAAACAAAAGAUUUUGAUUCAAAAUUAAUUAAUUUAAUCGAUAAAACGCUCGAGGAUCUAUUUUUUUCUAAAAAACCGAAAAAUGAUGAAGGACUAAAUGUGAUUUAUAUUGAUCCCGAAGUGUGUGGACGAUCAAUAACGCUUCAUCGUGGACUCAUGAUUCAUGCACUAAAGUUAUUUGACGUAUCUACAGAUCGAAUUAAUCAAAUACAACCACUUGUUCCACUGAUACUGAAUUUGUCGACUGUAUCAACAAGAGAAAGUGCAAGAGAACUGAUUGAACAUUUCAUACUAGUCACAUUCCCUUAUAAUUUUGUUAUGUCUACUUGGUUACAGAAAUGGCCUGGCACUGGCGCUGAUCAUUUACAUGGUACGAAAACACGAUACAAUAAUACAUCGAAUAAAGAACAAAUAUUAGAAAAGUUAGCCAGAGAAGGUCUUCUUCACCUUGUCGAAAAGAAUAUCUAUUGUUCAAAAAAUAAAAAAAAUUAUUCGGCAUAUUAUCGUUUAUUACCACCUAAAGAUGAACACGGUAGUCAAUUUUCAACAUGCGUUGAAUAA